UGCGCUGACAGUUAGGGCUGAGCCGGAGAAAUAAGCAACGAUCGCUGUGACUAAUUUGUCUCUGCAGCAGGCAAAAUUGUUGUAAUUGCAGGAUACACGCAGCUUUACAUGUUUGAAAAAAAGCCUACUAGAGCGCAUAGGCAUGGUUUCUCCGUCUGACUCUGUCGUUGAACGGGACGCCGGUGAAUAACACUUGCAUUGAAUUGCUGGAUAAAUGACUUGAAAAACUCUCGUCGAAGUCAGCGGACAGAGAAAGCGGUUUUAUGGGAAAUGAAUGUGACCGGGAAACAGCAACCUGAGCUGAUCGAGCGACCCGCCUGCCUUUUGGUUCCAACUUCGACAAAAUCUGGAAUUGCUUUGCUGUACAAUGAGGAGACCAACAAUACCUAUGAUGUCUGCCUGAAAUUGACCAAAGAGGUAUUAACCAUACAGAAGCUGGAUGUGGUUUGCACAAGUGGAAGUGAAUCCCAAGUAAAUCACAGAACUGUUGUACUGCGAAGACAAGCGACUGGCGGUCUCGGCUUAAGCAUCAAAGGAGGUGCAGAGCACAACGUGCCUGUGGUUAUAUCAAAGAUUUUCAAAGAUCAAGUAGCCGAUCAGUCGGGGAAGCUUUUCGUCGGGGAUGCUGUGUUGCAGGUCAACGGCAUAAACGUAGAGCACUGUACUCAUGAGGAAGUUGUUCACCUCUUGCGUACGGCGGGAGAUGAGGUCACCAUCACUGUUCGCUACCUACGAGAAGUUCCAUCAUUUCUAAAACUGCCUCUAGGUUCUCCUGGGCCGUCGACGGAUCACAGCAGAGUGUCCUCUCCCCUCUUUGACAGUGGCUUACAUUUAAAUGGAAAUGGAAACAACACAGCUCCAUCACCCCCUUCGCCCUCAGCUAAUGAACCAAAGUAUGAGAAGCGCUGGCUGGAUGCCGUCUCCCUGCCCUUGUUGAUGGCCAGAGUCUCCAGAUACAAAGCUGGCACAGAUAAAUUAAGGUCCAACUGUUUUGAAGUCUUCGCCUUGGAUGGAGUCAGCACCAAUAUUCUUCAAUUUUGCACUGCAGCAGAAAGCACAGACUGGCUCCAAGCAAUAUCUACAAAUAUCAAUGACUUGACACAGGAGAACAUAAAGAUCAUCAACAAAUACUGCGCGUCAGAUGAUCAGAUUGUUCACAUGGGCUGGGCAUGUGAAAGCUCCGAGGGCAGCACUGCUGGUCGAACCGCAGCGUUCAAGUUCCUGGCACUGAGAGGACCAUAUUUUUAUAUCUUCAGAAGUCCCCCGAUCAGUGCCGCUGACUGGGGACAAGCUGAAACAACGUAUAACCUCUAUGAGGUUCUUUUCAAGGUUCACAAGCUGUGGAUGGCGGAGGACUGCUGGCUCCAGGCGAGGCUCUACUUAGGGCUGGAGCAUUCACCUGAGCAGCAGGACAAUGAGUCUUUGUGCUUCAGCAUUCUGGUCGGCCACGGCCAGAGCCACACCUUCGGGGUAGAGCUGGCCACAGACCUCGCUAUCUGGGAGAAGUCCUUCCAAAGAGCUGUCUUCUUGGAGGUGCAGCGAAUACGAUCCAAAAGCUACAUGUGCAGCAGCCAGGGGAAUGUACUGUGCUUCACCAUAGAUUUUGGAUUGGGCUUCACCUGCUCAGAAGGCACUUCAAAGACCAUACUGUGGCGAUAUAAAUUCUCUCAACUUAAAGGCUCCUCUGAUGAUGGGAAAACCAGGGUAAAACUCCUUUUCAAGAACGCUGAAAGCAAGCAAAUAGAAAUGAAGGAACUAGAGUUUGCUAAUCUGACAGCCGUUCUCCACUGCAUACAUUCUUUUAUUGCUGCUAAAGUGGCCUCCAUGGACCCUCUCUAUAUGUGCAGUCAAAGCUUCCCCGGAAAUUACAUGAACAGUUAAGAAGACACGUCCUCAUCGUCAUGUGCACCUGAGGCAAAUCAGCGGUAUUUUAUGCACAGAGCCAAUUGAUAUGUAUAUCUUGUUCUUGCUAUUUUUGUAUUAACUACUGAAAAAAAAAAUAUUUGUAAAAGAUAGUAGAUGUAGAUAAUGUUGGAAAUAAUGGUGGGAGGAUGAUGUUAUUUAAAUUUUGACAAAGUGGAGAAAAAAAAACAGUCUAAACAGAUUCACAGUUCUUCCAUUUAUUUCGGUUUUUCCUUUCAUUACGUUAUAAGCAUUCAUACUGAGAGCAGGUUACUUGUCUAAUCCGGCACUUUGAAAGGUAGCACACGUGCAACCAUAGGGUGAGUAACUGCCAUGAGUUUGACGAUAUGACACAGAUUGCCAAAUAUAGAAACUGCCACUGUGUUAAGCAGAAAAUCGACGAGGGAUUUUGAGCUAAUGAGGAAGUAUUUUAACUGCCUAUAUGAAUCUGAUGCUGGUGUACUAUCAUGGGAAGAAUUCACAUUUGCCACAGACUCUGUUUCAUUUAAGUUCACAGUUGAGCACUGCAGUAAUUAAAAGGUAACCUUUCCCUGUUCCCAGCUUCUCUGGUUUACUUAGUUUUCUUUUGUCAUGUCUAUGAGGAGGGAGAGAGAAAUAACACUAACAUCUUACAAUAUGAUACAGUCCAGUAAGUCUCCAAAUACUGAACUGAAUCAACACCCCUCAGAUAUGCUUCCAACUGAAAAUGAAACAUAAGAAGCUUCACACAGGCAGGAUUUACUGUAGGGAUACUUCAUUGGCCUGGGUUAAAUUGUAUAAUGUUUCUGCUAUUGUGCCCAUCUUUUGUAUCUAAUAAAGCCAAAAUGCCUGAGUCUCUCUGGCUAAUGGGGAUAUUUCACUGUAAUGUUGCAUUUCAGCCUCAACAUAUUCUUAAAGACCCACUUUUAUCAGCUCCCAUUCUAAAACAAUGAAAAAACUAUGUCUUGAGUUUCUUUAUGUAAUGGUU